AUUUAUCAACUUGUGGGUGGAGUUUCUUCGUUAUUAUAAAGAAGUCCCCACACUUACAACAGUCCUCAAAAAUGGAGCAAACUUCAAGUCCAAAAUCAAACUCCAUAGAAAUGGAGGAAGAUCAGAGCAAAAAAACCAAACAAAGAAGGAUCCUUCUUAUAAUCAACUGCAUAUUAUUAACGAUCGGAAACUGUGGGGGGCCACUAAUCAUGCGGCUCUACUUCCUCCACGGCGGGAAACGAGUCUGGCUCUCCAGCUGGCUCGAGACAGGUGGCUGGCCCAUAAUCAUUUUCCCGUUAGCCGCCGCCUACUACCAUCGCCGGCGCCGUGGCAGUCCAUCCAACAAGAUCAUCCAGAUGAAGCCGUCUUUGUUCAUGGGUUCAGCCGUGGUCGGCUUGAUCACCGGCUUCGACGACUACCUGUACGCCUAUGGCGUGGCUCGGCUCCCGGUCUCGACUUCCUCUCUUAUAAUCGCAUCGCAGCUGGCUUUCACAGCUGGAUUCGCUUACCUUCUGGUGAAGCAGAAGUUCACGCCGUAUUCGGUAAACGCGGUCGUUUUGCUGACGAUCGGUGGGGCCGUGCUGGCGCUCCACACGAGCGGUGACCGGCCCAAGGGGGAGUCGGAGAAGGCUUACGUGUUGGGGUUUCUGAUGACGGUGGCGGCGGCGGUGCUGUACGGCUUCAUAUUGCCGCUCAUAGAGUUGAUGUACAAGAAGUCGAAGCAGAGGAUUACAUACUCAUUGGUGUUGGAGAUUCAGUUGGUCAUGUGUUUUUUCGCCACUGCUUUUUGCACCGUCGGCAUGCUUAUUGGCAGAGAUUUCAAGGCUAUUCCUAAAGAAGCUAGAAAAUUUGAUCUAGGAGAAACAAUGUAUUACGUGGUGCUUGCAUGGAGUGCGAUAAUUUGGCAAGGGUUUUUCUUGGGAGCCAUAGGACUAAUAUUCUGUGCCUCGUCGUUACUGUCUGGAAUAGUAAUUGCGGUUCUUCUUCCGGUGACGGAGAUAUUAGCUGUUAUUUUCUACAAAGAAAAUUUCCAAGCCGAGAAAGGUGUGGCACUCGCACUUUCCUUGUGGGGUUUCGUUUCAUAUUUUUAUGGUGAAAUCAAACAAAGCAAAAAACUUGAAAAACAAGAGGCACAGAUGCAGAAUAGGUCCACUUCCCCACAACCACAAUUAGAGAUGCCUCGUAUUCAGACCCCAUGAUCUCAUCAUCACAUUUCUCGCACACAUAUACAAUAUAUAUAUAUAUAUAUUUAGCUAGUAUUUUUGAAAAUUUUUAAAUAAUUUAUAAUGUUGUAAUUAGAGUUUAAAUAGUGUGUUUCAUGUAUUUAUAAAAAAAAAUUAAAUAUGCGUGCAACAAACUAUUUAAAUCUAAUUAUCUACUCAAUAAAUUAUUAAAAUUUUCUUAAGAAUUAAUAAGAUGCUUGUUAUAAUUAUAAUAUACAUUGUUAUAUAAAAUAUUAUAAUUAUAACUAUCAAAUUA